ACGGCGAAUUCACUACACCGAGUUAGAGGAAACUAUUUACACAAACGUGUUUAUUUUAUAACCAGUGUUUUAUUUAUGGCCUGCUUUUUGUCAUAAAGACUUAUUGGGUUUAUCAUGUAAACCUUUUUCACCUGUAUACAGGUAUCUCAUUGUAAAGUCACCUCAGGUAAAUGACCGACAGAAACACUGUGAAAAGUAAGUAGAAAGAUAUUUUAUUUUAUUGAUAUGAAGUAUGAGGUAGACUGAAGAGGAUUUUUUCGCAUGAGUCGUGGAAAAGAAGAGGAUAAAAGAAGGUCAGGCUGCUCAGCAGACAGGUGACAGGAAAUAUUUCUCCUGACUCAAGUGGGGAAAUGGAUGUGUUGCCCAAAGAUGGGGCUGCAGGGGAGCUCCAGAGGUCGGACACCCUCAAUUCCACAAGCUCGGCUGGUGCGCGCAGAAGAACCGGCGGAGCCAAAAAGCAAAUGCAAGCUAACAAGUCCAAACUCCGAGCACCAAGAGCUCUCUGCUGCCUUACACUCAGCAACCCCAUCCGCAUGGCCGCCCUAGCCCUUGUGGAGUGGAAGCCUUUUGAUAUAUUCAUUUUGCUGGCCAUCAUUGCUAACUGCGUAGCCCUUGGUGUUUCACGGCCCUUUCCUGAAGAUGAUUCCAAUGCCACCAAUCACAAUCUGGAAAAAGUGGAAUACAUCUUUCUGAUUAUUUUCACCAUCGAAACCUUUACGAAGAUCCUUGCCUAUGGCUUAGUCAUGCACCCCAGUGCCUACAUCCGCAGUGGCUGGAACAUGCUGGAUUUCAUCAUUGUCAUUGUCGGGCUAUUUAGUGUUGUAGCAGAGAUGGGAGAACACAAGGAAGGAGAUGCUCAUCAUGCAUCUGGUAAACCAGGUGGCCUGGAUGUCAAAGCUCUCAGAGCUUUCAGAGUACUUCGACCUCUGCGCUUGGUCUCUGGAGUGCCCAGUCUACAGAUUGUGCUGAACUCUAUCAUGAAGGCAAUGGUUCCCCUGUUUCAUAUUGGUCUGCUGGUCAUGUUUGUCAUAAUCAUUUACGCCAUCAUUGGCCUGGAGCUUUUCAUUGGCAGAAUGCACAAGACGUGCUUCUAUGUUGAGACAGAACUUUACGUAGAGGAUGACCCAACCCCGUGUGCAUUUGCUGGUAAUGGCCGUUUCUGUGUGGGUAACAACACCAAGUGCAGGGGAUACUGGGAAGGCCCUAAUGGUGGCAUCACAAACUUUGACAACAUCUUCUUCGCCAUGCUUACUGUUUUCCAGUGCAUUACUAUGGAGGGAUGGACUGAUGUAUUAUACUGGAUGAAUGAUGCGAUUGGUUUUGAGCUGCCCUGGAUUUAUUUUGUAUCUCUGGUCAUCUUUGGGUCCUUCUUUGUUCUAAACCUUGUUUUGGGUGUUUUGAGUGGUGAGUUCUCUAAAGAAAGAGAGAAGGCUGUGUGUCGUGGUGAACUUCAAAAGGCACAGGAGAAACAGCAGAUGGAAGAGGACAUGGUGGGCUACAUGGAUUGGCUCAUUGAGGCUGAGGAUAUGGAUGAAGAUGGCAAUAAACGUGCUGUGGUGGCGAAGAAAAAGAUGAUGAAGAAAUACGGCUGGUAUAAACACAGUGAGGAUGGAGAAUCAGACUCAGACUCAGAAUUUGAGGCCUUUCUCGAUGACGAUAAUGGCUGCUGCGCAUCAAUACAGGCCAAACUGCUGACUAUAAGCUUCUGUGAGCAGCUCUACCAUUUGAAUUUAGUUCUGAGAAAGAACUGCCGCGUAGCAGUGAAGUCCACUAACUUCUACUGGCUGGUGCUACUGCUGGUCUUCCUCAACACAACGGCGAGUGCCUCUGAGCAUUACGGCCAGCCUCAGUGGCUCACUGAUAUACAGGAACGAGCCAACAAGAUCCUACUGGCCCUGUUCACCCUGGAGAUGCUGAUGAAGAUGUACAGCUUCGGCUUCCAGGUCUACUUUAUAGCUCUCUUUAAUCGCUUUGACUGCUUUGUGGUGUGUGGUGGGAUACUAGAAACUGUACUUGUGGAGUUGGACCUGAUCCCACCUAUUGGUAUAUCUGUGCUGCGCUGUGUCCGUCUUCUCCGCAUCUUUAAAGUUACUCGUCACUGGUCUGCUCUGUCAGAUCUAGUCACCUCUCUGCUGAACUCGAUGAAAGCCAUUUGCUCCCUGCUUCUGCUCCUCUUCCUGUUCCUCAUCAUCUUUGCCCUGCUGGGUAUGCAGCUGUUUGGUGGCAAGUUCAACUUUGAUGAGACCCAGAUGAAGAGAAGCACAUUCGACACCUUUCCUUCUGCUCUGCUCACUUGUUUCCAGAUUCUAACUGGAGAGGACUGGAACUCAGUUAUGUAUGAUGGUAUCAUGGCAUACGGAGGGCCUAUUUUCCCCAACAUGAUCGUUUGUAUCUACUUCGUCAUUCUUUUUGUCUGUGGUAACUACAUCCUGUUGAAUGUCUUCCUGGCUAUUGCUGUGGAUAACUUAGCAGGAAAUGGCAAAAAGAAAAAAGAAGAAAAACCAGAAGAGGAAGAGUGGGAAGAUGAUGAAGACAGGGAAGAUGAUGAAACUGGAAAUGAUGCAGAUGAAUGGGAAGAGAGUGAAGAGUUGAGAGCAAUUGAAGGCCUUGAGGGUGCUGUUCCAAUGAAAGUGGAAAGUUUUCAGCCCAAAGAGAAAAUUGUCCCCAUACCUGAUGGGAGCUCAUUCUUCAUUUUAGGAAAGAAAAACUGCCUCCGAGUCGCUUGUCACAACCUCAUUUACCAUCCUUACUUUACCAACUUCAUCCUCCUCUUCAUCAUCUUUAGUAGCUUCUCACUGGCUGCUGAGGACCCAAUCAAAACUCAUUCAGUUCGCAACAUUAUGCUUGGCUAUGCUGAUUAUGUCUUCACCACUGUCUUCACCAUUGAGAUUAUAUUAAAGAUGACAGUAUAUGGUGCAUUCCUUCAUCAAGGCUCCUUCUGCAGAAAUGCUUUUAAUCUCUUGGAUCUGCUGGUCGUCAGUGUAUCUCUCACUUCAUUCUUUCUGCAUUCGAGUGCCAUCUCUGUGGUAAAGAUUCUGAGAGUACUGCGAGUGCUCAGACCUCUCCGAGCCAUCAACCGAGCAAAGGGACUAAAGAGUGUGAUCCAGUGUGUGUUUGUAGCCAUCCGUACCAUUGGCAACAUCCUCAUUGUCACCACUCUCCUGCAGUUCAUGUUUGCGUGCAUUGGAGUGCAGCUUUUUAAGGGGCGUUUUUAUAGAUGCACAGAUGAGGCCAAACACACACCAGAGGAAUGCAAAGGCACAUUUGUGGUGUAUAAAGAUGGCGAUAUGAAUCAUCCAAUGGUGAAGGAGAGGUUUUGGGUGAACAGUGAUUUCAACUUUGAUAACGUGCUGAUGGGAAUGUUGGCUCUUUUCACUGUCUCUACAUUUGAAGGCUGGCCACAGAUUUUAUAUAAAGCCAUCGACGCUAACGCUGAGAACAGAGGCCCCAUAUACAACUGUCGUGUGGAGAUCUCCAUCUUUUUCAUUAUCUACAUCAUCAUCAUUGCCUUCUUCAUGAUGAACAUCUUUGUGGGCUUUGUCAUCAUCACGUUCCGCGAACAAGGAGAGGUCGAGUUCAAGAACUGCGAGUUGAACAAAAAUCAAAGGCAGUGUGUAUAUUACGCACUGAAAGCACAACCUAUACAGAUCUACAUACCUAAAAACCCAUCACAGCUGAAGUUCUGGAGAAUCAUUAACUCCUCGCAAUUUGAAUACAUCAUGUUUGUUCUCAUUCUGCUCAAUACAUUUACGCUGGCUGUACAGCACUACGAACAGUCAAAGCUGUUCAACUUUGUCAUGGACAUCCUGAACAUGAUCUUCACCUUGCUCUUCACUAUCGAGAUGAUCAUCAAACUGCUUGCUCUUCGGCCAUAUCACUAUUUUAUAGAUGCUUGGAAUUCUUUCGAUGCCCUAAUAGUGGUGGGGAGUUUGGUCGACAUCAUGAUUGCAGAGUUUAGUGGUGGUGGAGGCCACGGAGAGGGGAAGGGGGAUGGGGAAAAUUCCAAGGUGUCAAUCACCUUCUUUAGGCUCUUCCGAGUCAUGCGAUUGGUCAAGCUGCUCAGCAAAGGCGAGGGCAUUCGAACGCUUCUCUGGACAUUUGUGAAGUCUUUACAGGCUUUGCCAUAUGUAGGUCUGCUCAUCGCGAUGAUCUUUUUUAUUUAUGGUGUAAUCGGGAUGCAGACGUUUGGGAAGAUUGCUAUAGACGACGACACCGAGCUCAAUCGAAACAACAACUUCCAGACAUUUUUCAUGGCAGUACUCCUUCUCUUCAGAUGUGCAACAGGAGAGCAAUGGCAGGACAUUAUGCUGGCAGCACUGCCAGGACGACGGUGUGACCCUGAGUCAGAUUAUGAACCAGGGGAGGAGUACAGCUGUGGCAGCAAUCUGUCCUAUCUGUAUUUCAUCAGCUUCUUUGCUCUGUGUGCUUUCCUGAUUAUUAACUUGUUUAUUGCUGUCAUCAUGGACAACUUUGAGUAUCUAACCAGGGACUGGACUGUGCUGGGCACUCACCAUCUGGAUGAGUUUAAGAGAGUGUGGUCAGAUUAUGAUCCUGAAGCAACGGGAAGAAUCAAGCACCUUGAGGUUGUGACUAUGCUGCGUCGAAUUCAGCCUCCUCUUGGUUUUGGCAAACUUUGUCCUCAUCGAGUGGCCUGUAGGAGGCUGGUCAGUAUGAACGUGCCUCUUCAUCCUGAUGGCACUGUGUCCUUCAACGCGACCCUGUUUGCUCUCGUCAGAUCUUCACUCAAAAUCAAAACCGAAGGUCCAAUUGACAAAGAGAAUGAAGAAUUGAGAGCCAUUAUUAAAAAGAUCUGGAAGCGAACCAAGCCUAAACUUCUUGAUGAGGUUAUACCACCCCCUGCAGGAGAGGAGGUUACUGCAGGAAAAUUCUAUGCAAGUUUUCUCAUCCAGGAUUACUUUAAGAAGUACCGUAAAAGGAAGGAAAAAGAGAAAAAGAAGAAGGGCAAGGAUAAGUCAGCUUCCCUUCAGGCUGGCCUGAGGACCCUGCAGGAUUUGGCACCAGAGAUGAGGCUGGCUAUGGAAAUGGAGGAAGGCCAGGAGGAGGUGCUUGAAGGUGACAUGUUGGAAGAGGAGGAGUUCUUCAGGUAUGAAGAGGUUAGCGUGAGCAUCGAACCCCCUCCUUGUGAUUCUCUGAGGCUAGAGGAAGCACUGAAGGACUUUCGACCGACUUCGGCCCUCUCUGAUAAUGAGGUGAUGCUUGAGCAACCUCACAGGUUGAUUCCUCUGCCCAGGCGGUGGGCGACCAGUCAGUCCAAACUCAGCUCACUGUGGGCUCUAAAUUCCAGCUCAAGGCCACCCAGCACUCAUUCACCACCUGUUUUGGAUGAAAAGCUGCAGCGUUCAGGAGGGGAAGGAGAAGGUGUUGGGACAGGAGACGGAGUACCGAGUGCUACAGAACAGAGUCAAGAUACUCAGAGUACAGUGUCACAUGACAGACAGCAGCAUCCAGAAGCUCCUCCAUCAACACAGACAGAACCUCCUCCAGUUUCCAGUGGCAAUAAUGCAGCUUCUGCUUCAUUUCAGCCAGAUAACAUUAGCAGCAAUAGUUGCAAAAUUGCUGCAAAUGGGUAUAAUGAAAACACUCAAUCUAUUAGUAGCUACAAUGGGAACGCCUGCCAUUUAAACGGAUACAAUGGCAAUGUUUCUCCUACAAAUGGCAGCAGUGGCAAUGUUUUGGCAACAAAUGGGUACAGUGUCAACACAUUACCCACAAAUGGUUACAAUGGAAGCACAUACCAAGUAAAUGGCUACAAUGGAUACCACAGCAAUGGAUACCACAGCAACGGCUACCACAGCAACGGUUACUCGAGCAAUGGGUACAGUGCCAGUGGGUACAGUAGCAAUGGUUAUGGUGGCAAACGACAAAAUGGUAAAGGAUACACUCGAAAACGCUUCCUUCCUCCCACCCCUUCAGGACGCAGGCCAAAUUUCACUAUCCAGUGUUUGAGGAGACAAGACAGCACUGAUGAUAUCCCGAUCCCUGGUACUUAUCACCAGAACUCACCUCCAUGCAGAGCACGAGAACAAAUACAAAACAACUAUGACUCUCGACGCAGUAGCAUGUCCUCAGCAGCCUCAUCAUCCUCAUGGGCAAACACGCCGGUGCGGCCAGGUCGUCUGCUUUAUGCUCCUCUAAUCUUGGUGGAUGAAGCAGGUGGAACACAGACAAUUUGGAACGAAACUAAUGGCAGCACUAGCCUGCCAGCUGCAGUUCAUCCUGGGUGGCAGGCAAACCAGGGUGUCUCUCAGCAGCAGGCAUAUGCUACACUGAGGGUGCCAUCCCACCAAGGCCCUGGCUACGUGGAGAAAGGAAGUGCUGACAGCCUUGUAGAGUCGAUCCUGAUAUCAGAAGGCUUGGGCCUCUACGCCAAAGAUCCCAAAUUCGUAGACUUUACUAAGCGAGAGAUUGCUGACGCAUGCAACAUGACUCUGGAUGAGAUGGAGACAGCUGCGUCCGGUUUGCUGAGCCAAGGAACACCUAGGCAGCCAAUCAGUCACUUUCAGGAGGAUCUGUCGGACGAAAUAAACUGUGUGAUUUCAUACUGAAGUUCCCACUAUGACCAAAUGAAAGAGGAGAAUGAAAGCGUAUUAGAAAAAAUAAAGAAAGAGACAUACAACGAAAGCAAUCUGGUGCAGAAAUGGAACUGCAAUUCACGAUUGUGUAUUGACCAAGUGCUUUUCCAACAUAAUGACACUUAAAUUCUGGAUCUGGAAUGGAGCAGAUUUAAGAUCUUGUAACCAACUUACUGUAAUUAUAGGAUUCUGAAUCGUCUCUGCUUAGAUGAAAUGGAUAAGUCCACAGAAUUAGAUAAAUAAUGAUUUACCUGACAAUAUAGCAGAGUAUGAUUUAACAGAUGUACUGAUUGAUACCUGAUCUGUUGAAAAUGAGCCUAGAAAAACUUUUGAUAUUACAUUUAGUAAUCUUAAUGAUCCAAUGCCUAAAAAUGCCUAAAAUUAUUGUGUUAUAAAGAUAGUUUGAAUUAAAAAUAGAAAAAUGUCUCAUUUUAUAUUAAUCACUCUUUAAUUUUACACAAUGAGCAUUAGCCUUUGGUAUUACGUCUGUUAUUAUGCUGAUGCUCCAGAGUUCUAUGUGUGUAAUAAAUUAUUCUACUCU